CACUUAAAAUAGCCUGCUCCCAGCACGGUCGACUUUUAACAUAGCCUACCACCAUAAUAUUCACUACAUCCGUCCAGUUCAAUUACCCGGCUGCGAACAAAAAAGCUGCGAGAACUUAUCAUAUACGAAAAAGUGAAAAACGUAACAUUAGUUUUACUCCCACAAGAAGAGUUUAGGAGAGAAAGUGCGACACAGCUUUGUUCCUCUGAGAAUGUGGCAAACCUGAGGUUAAACUUCAGAAAAGAAGAAGGAGGCGGAUUGCAACUUCAUUGAACGAUCAACAAGUUGUGGAGUGUGUUUGAUGGCGAGAACUACAUGAAAUCCGCUCCACUUCAACAGGAACAGAGGACAAGCAGCAGUCGAUUCGACGUGCAUUUAAAGGCUCCAUUACCUGCCCGCGUGAGAGUGAAGACAGGAUGUUGUCUCAGCUGAGUGAGAUGAUAUGGGCCGACUGGAUUUGGUUCCCUGAAGGCCACGGCUGGGCUGAUCUGACGGAUCACGACGAUGUAGUCUUUCCUAAACCAAGGGACCUCUGGGCCUGUAUACCUAUUGCUCUGUGCUUCCUGGUCAUCAGACAGAUAUUCGAGAGGACGGUAGCGCUUCCUAUCGCCUCCCUGCUGGGAGUGACUGACAAGCAGCGUGUUCGUGCUUCUCCAAAUCCUGUCAUGGAGUCUUAUUUCUGCAGCACAUCAAAGAAUCCCACACAGAGCUCUUUAGAGAGUUUAAGUAAACAGACGGGCUGUUCAGUGCGGCAGGUCCAGAGGUGGUUCAGGCGGCGGAGGAACCAGGACCGGCCAAGCAAGCUCAAAAAGUUUCGGGAAGCGAGUUGGAGAUUUACCUUUUACCUUCUUGCUUUCUUUGCUGGCCUGGCAGCCCUUAUUGACAAACCAUGGUUUUAUGAUAUGAAGCGGAUGUGGGACGACUUCCCGAAAAUGCCUCUGUUGCCUUCACAGUACUGGUACUACAUGAUCGAGCUGGGCUUCUAUGUCUCCCUUCUUGUCAGUGUAGCAUCAGAUGUCAAACGUAAGGAUUUCAAAGAGCAGAUAAUUCACCAUGUAGCCACCAUCUCCCUUAUUAGUUUCUCCUGGUUGGUCAACUACAUCCGGGGAGGAACUCUGAUUAUGGUCGUGCACGAUGCCUCUGACUACCUGAUGGAGUCAGCUAAAAUGUUCAACUAUGCAGGAUGGAGGAAAACCUGCAACUUCAUGUUCAUAUUGUUCGCUGCAGUUUUCAUCAUCACACGCCUUGUAAUCCUUCCCUUCUGGAUCAUAUACACAACGUUGGUGUACCCUCUGACCCUCUACCCUACCUUCUUUGGCUUCUACUUCUUCAACGGGCUUAUGCUCGUGCUGCAGACACUGCACAUCUUCUGGGCCGCCCUCAUCUUGCGCAUGGUUGUCAAGUUCCUACCGGGCAAUGAAAUUGUGGAGGACGAGCGGAGUGACAAAGAGGAGACAGAGUCAGAAGAUGAAACCGAAAAUCGCGAGCAGAGGGGAAAAUCUAGAAACGGCCAUGUGCAGAACGGCCACACCCCCCUCAACAACAACCACCGUAAGGCAGACUGAUGGGACUGUGACAGGGAGGAGAGGAGACUGUGUGAGGGGAGUCACAUGUGGCCUUCUCUUGAAAGCCAAAGAAUGGGAGCAUGGCAUGUGAAAGAGGCAGCAGGCAGCACACUUACAUACACACUUACACCUAUGCAAUCCUUCCUUGACCUCUGGAUAGCUUCACCUCUGAGGAUUUUUGUACCAGACUACGAUGGAGAACCGCUCUGGUCUGCUUGGGAGCGGAGUGGUUUUCUUGUUACCUACGCUUUAUCGUCCUCCCUUCUCUUCCUUAGUCUGGUUUUGCCCUUCUUGUGCUGUUGGCCAAGUCACCAUGUGCCUAAUCUGCCUGCUUGUAGCUUUAAGUUUUGUUACUGGACAAGUUUUAAUGAGAUGCUGCCAGGACAGCCCUUAAAUCCGACUGAUUUCUCUUGCUGUUAAUAACCACACAGCGGCAUCAUGCGGAGAAGAGGCAUUGCCUUUCCUUUGGACCAUAAUUAGAUUCAUCCACAGACUUGAGUGUUAACAAUGAAAUUCUGCAGGUUAGUUUUUGAAACUGCCAUUUAGUCACUUUGGCCCUUGCCAUAUAUUUGUUCAGGUAAUGUUUAAAAAUAAAUCAUUAGAAGGUAAAUAAUGUGUUUUGUAACAGUGUGAAUAGCUAUCUUGUCGGGGGCAAUUGCCCCUGGUAGGGUUUCCCAUGGCAAACGGGUCCUAGGUGAGGGGACAGAAAAUGUUGGGCCCAAGACACCUGAUGGAGAAAACCACCAAGAACAAGUUCACCCUGUCCAGAGGGUCACCGGAGCCCCACCCUGGAGCCAGGCCUUGCUCCGCCGAAGCAAAAACUUGGGCAUUGUAGAAGUUCAUUGAGACCAUGGAGCGCGACUUUCAGCCGGCCUCGAAGAAAUUCUGGCAAACUGUCCAACAGCUUAGGAAGGGGAAGUAGCCCUCUGUCCGCACUGUCUACAGUGUGGAUGGGGAGCUGCUGACCUCGACUGAGCGAAGUCGGGCAGUGGAAGGAAUACUUCAAGGAUCUCCUCAAUUCCACCAACAUGCACUCCGAGGAGGAAGCAGAGCCAGGGGACUUGAAGGUGGGCUCAUUCAUCACUGGGGCUAAGCUCGCUGAGGCAGUUAAACAAUUCUGCACUGGCAAAGCCCCGGGGAUGGAUGAGAUCCGCCCUGAGUUCCUCGAGGCUCUGGAUGUUGUAGGGCUGUCCUGGUUGACACACCUCUGCAACAUUGCAUGGACAUCAGGGACAGUGCCUCUGGAGUCGCAGACUGGGGUGGUGGUCCUCUUUUUUAAGGAAGGGGGACCAGAGGGUGUGUUCCAACAAUAGGAGGAUAGUCUACUCCAGGGUGCGGGAGAGGAGAGUCUGCUGAUGGUUGUACUUUAGAUUCAGCAGGAUCAUUGGGGUUUUCGUCCUGGCCGUGGAACACUGGACCAACUCUCUACCCUCGCGAGGGUACUGGAGGGGGCGUGGUAGUUUGCCCAACCAGUCCACAUGUGCUUUGUGGAUUUGGAAAAGGCUUAUGACCGUGUCCCCCGAGGUAUCCUGUGGGGGUGCUCCGGGAAUAUGGAGUAGAUGGCCUAUUGUUAUGGGCUGUUCAAUCUCUGUAUUGUCGGAACCAGAGUUUGGUUUGCAUUGCCGGCAGUAAAUCAAAUGUGUUCCCUGUUGGGGUUGGACUCUGCCAAGGCUGCCCUCUGUUCACAACAUUUUAUGGACAGAAUUCCCAGGCGCAGCCAAGUGGUGGAGGGUGUCAUGUUCGGUGACCUUAGGAUCCCAUCUCUGCUUUUUGCAGAUGAUGUGGUCCUAUCGGCUUCAUCAAGCAGUGACCUCCAGCUCGCACUGGUACGGUUUGCAGCCGAAUGUGAAGCGGCAGGGACGAGGAUCAGUACCUCCAAGUCUGAGGCCAUGGUUCAAGCCCUGAAAAGGGUGGAUUACCAGAGGGAAGAGAGUUUUUGCCCCAAGUGGAGUUUAAGUAUCUCGGGUUCUUGUUCAUGAGUGAGGGGAAAAUGGGCAGAGGGAUCGGGGGAGCGUCUGCAGUGAUGCAGAUGCUGUACCGGUCUGUUGUGGUGAAGAGAGAGCUGAGCCUGAAGGCAAAGCUGUCAAUUUAACGGUCAAUCUAUGUCCCAACCCUCACCUCUCGUCACAAGUAGUGGGUAGUGAUCGAUAGAACAAGAUCCCGAAUACAAGCGGCCGAAAUGAGAUUUCUCUGCAGGAUGUCUGGGCUCGGCCUUAGAGAUAGGGUCAAGAGCUUAGACAACCAGGAGAGGCUCAAAGUAGAGCCGCUGCUCCUCCGCAUUGAGAGGAGCCAGGUGAGGUGGUUCAGGCAUCUAGUAAGGGUACCUCCUGGACGUCUCCCUGGGGAGGUGUUUGGGGCAUGUCCGUCUGGGAGGAGACCCCGGAGCAGACCAAGGACACGAUGGCGAGAUUAUACCUCUUAGCUGGCCUUGGAACACCUCUGUAUCCUCCCAGAGGAGCUUGUGGAAGUGGCUGGGAAGAGGAGUGUCUGGGAUCCCCUGCUGAGACUGCUGCCCCCGCGACCUGGACUCGGACAAGCCAUAGAAGAUGGAUGGAUGGAUAAAAGUGAGAGAAUGAAAGAUGGUGCUACAACUGCCCCGGUCUGUUCAAACGUUCCUUUUGUUGGAGUUUGUCUUAAAUGCUUAGCCUUUUAAGAAGCAGAGCACACAGAAGAUUUCAGUUUGUAAAGUGUAAACAGUGUUUUGUUUAUGCACAAUAGCCUUUUUUUAGUUGUCUGAUUUUACUUUGAUUUGUGUUUUAUAUGUUUCCGGCCCAGUUGACCGUUAAAGUUUGGGAGCAAAUCAGUUUGAGUGUAUCUCAAAUCACUCAAUAAUUGUUUAUGGAUUCUUCAUGGGCUGGAAGAGUCAACAGCAUUUCCAUUCAGUGUUGUUUUUUCCCAUCCAUCCAAAAAGAUGCACUUUACGGUUUUCACAAAAGAUCAGCAUUGACCUCAUAUCUUACAAACAAGCUUUGUGAUAGUGUUUGGUUCAAAGUCAAACCUGAUUUCGUUUAGAAAGGUUUGCAGUAUAAUUUAAAAUUUGUUUUAUAUUUAUUCUCAGAAUUUUAAUCAGCCCAAGAUCCUCCUCUUUGUCAGUGUUUAUGUCAAAAGAAAAAAAGUAAAGAGGUAAAAAACUGAAACACCAAAGUUUACAUUUUCUACUUGACUUUGUAAUUUCAAGUGCCUACAUCAUUUCAAGUGUUAAAUGUCCCUUUGUCUUUGUAUCUGGCGUCUUUGUGUCCCAACACAUCAACACUUUUUGCACUAUAAUGCUCUGGGCCUUAAAAUUCCCCAUACGCUUGGCUCACCCACAAAUCACCUGCAGCUCCCACUGCAGAGCUCUGCUUCUACAGAAAGUGUUUUUACUGUGCGUUUAUGUGUUCCUGAGAUGUAAAAUUGUAAUGACCAUGAUGAUAAAGAUAAUUGUGAAUGACUGA